AUGGAAGGCGUGGGGUCGAGACAGAGUCGGGCGGCGUCGAGGUACUCGUCGAGCCCAUCGGCGCCGGUGUUCAACGGACCUGUCAGGAAGUGGAAGAAGCAGUGGGUCAGUUCUCGCUCCACCAACCACAACAAUGGCAGCAGCAGCAGCAGCAGCAACCGGAACGACUCCUCUUCGCUGCUCCUAUGCCGCUGGACACCAAUACCCGCCGCUGAAGAGCCACGCAAGCGCCGUCGCCGAUAUGCUCCGAUUGUUCCAAUAGAAAAGGGGAAGAAGAUGGAUGGGGUGGAGAAGAUGAAGAUUAGCAACGAUGGUAGAGGAGAUACCUCUGCAGAAGAGACUACUCAGGUCAGGAUGUGAAUGAAGAUGAUCAAGCAGAUUCCAACAAAAGCUGCGGUGAAGGAAACGCUGCCAAGUUAGGAGAGUAGUGUUAGACAAAGAAGGUAAAUGGGAUAUUAGAAAUGUUAAGAGUAGCAGCAGCAGUCAGUAGCAGUAGUAGUAAUCAAAUGUUAGAUCUACCUUAGAUCAAAUGGAUAUAAAUCAAGUUGUAAUGAACAUACUGAGGAUGUUCAAUGGAUAUACAUAUAUAUAUGUAUAUCAUGUCUGAUUAUUAAAUAACCAUCAAAUGCCUAUAUAUUUGCAGUGAAACAA